AUGCCAGAACAGAACAAACAUACGCCGCGCAAAUGGUAUCAUUCGCUCUGCUCGACGUACACAACUAGCAAAUUCACCACGCAAAGAGAACUCGUCGUCAAAGAUCACCCUGAGAUCCCCGUUGUAUCCCUCGAGUUCUUCCAAACCGUCACCCCCGCUGUGCCGGACGCACUAUUGCACGCUGUCUUGGAAACGCUAAAGGAGCGUGGCUCUAUAACGAAUAACUGGCGAAUGUGGGGGUUUGCCAAGAAGGACCCCAAGCAGAGUCGCCGUCCUGAGAACGACACCUUCACUCACGUGCAUGAAUUCACUGAGGCCAUUAUACGCGCCGGCGAGGGCCACACAGGCCAAGAAUCAUGUAUGACGAUAGGGCACAGUCCAAACUCGACUCCCUCGAGUGAGAGGGGGGACAACCCAUCGCGUCCUGAUGGCUUCGGGUGUUCCACCAUUGCACAGCACGACAACGAAGUUACCCAACUUCCACAGCGCCCCCCGUCAUGGAGUGGUAUAAUACUCGCUAAAGAGGACAAGAAAGCUGAGAAGGAGUCAGACGCUUUAGACCCAAUAUCUGGAGCCUCUCCCCUCUCCGCACAAUCGAGUCAAUCAACUAUUCACGGGGAUAUAUCAGCCAAUGCCUCUCGUCUCUACGUGUCAGUCGACUACGACUUUGCUUUGGAAGCGCAUGACUACGACCCUACGAUGCAACGGCUACGUCAUGGCGUUUACCGAAUUCGCGUCGGUGACAAAUGGUACAUCACUGCGGGGACAUUGUCCGAUUCCAGGGCCGAGCGCAUUUGUGGCCGCUGUACUCGAGUGUGGAGGGUGUACGAAGAUAAGAAGUACGAGGAGGGCGAAGAGAAGGUAUAUUACGUCCUAAAGGACGUCUGGGUAGAUUCCAGUAACAACACAGAGGCCACUAUUUGGAGAAGACUGAAAGAGAAAGUCAAACCCGAGGUUUUCGACCCACAUUUUCUGACGCUUGUAGCUGCAUUCGAACCGGGCGAGGGCGCAACGACAUGUGGUUUCCUGAGACGAGGAAGCUACUCCCAUACAGAAAACGUGGACUUCAUGGAUAGCCAAUUUACCGGCAUCUUAGACCUCGAGCCUUCACCGACGAUACCGGAGGAAGUAGCAGGCUCAUUUAGCGAAGACCAAUUCCACAUGAAAGGAGCACCGGAUAUGGAACCACGCGCCAAACGUGCUAAAAAACGGCCCCGAUAUCAUCCUCGCACACACGACCGAUCUAUUUGGAAAGAGGUUUGUGAGACAUAUCAUGAUCAAGACGAUAUGCAGGUAAUGUUUACGAUGCUCGAACACGCAGUAAAAGCCCUCAAAGCGAUGUGGGAGGAUGCACACGCUAUCCAUCGUGAUAUUAGUACGGGAAAUAUCCUGUAUGACAGCGAGAACGGUCGAUUAGGGGAUCUGGAAUACGUCGUAUUUUAUGACGACGAACUCUCUUCCUCGUAUAACGUCAAGACCGGAACAUUGCAAUUUAUGGCCGUCGAAGUUUCCGACGGUGCAUAUCUAUUUCGACCAAGAGCUGCCGCAGAAGACGUAUUUCUGUCUCCAACCGGUGUUCUCCCUUCUCGUGGCACCAAGCCUGUGCAUCCUUUUCGACACAAUGUGCUGCACGACCUGGAGUCCAUAUGGUGGCUGGCUAUGUGGUCGAUCUUUAGGUAUUAUCCUGAUAACCUUGGUGUUGACACAGAAGCUCUUAAGAAGCAACGUCAUACCUACGAAGCCCUUUUCUCUCCUACCUUCAUCCUUGACAAGGAGCGCAAUAACGCGUUAGUCAACGAAGAGCCGAGAUUUCUUCUAUCAAUAGUACCUCCCUUCCAUAACAUGGGCGAACUGGCACUUCAUCUGCGGGACUUGCUUGCAGUCUCUUAUACGAUAGCGGAGGCAACACUCUCGAUCAAGUCUGACUGUCAGGUUUUCCACUCUGCAUUUGAAACAACAGCAGUACUGCUCAAAGCCAUGAAGACGUCCCUCGAGGAAGCUGGCAUCACAAAUGUUACUCGUGUCUACGAGCUACUCUAUCCUCGGAAGCGCAAAGCAGAAACAGAGGAAAUACAAGAGGCACCGCCGAUGAAGAAAUAG